GACAGACAGCCAUGUCUUCCUAUGCAGUGCCAGCCACAACCCUGAGAAAUGAUGGUGAAGUUCAGAGUGAACAGAUUUGGCUGUAUUGGGCACUUGGACACCAGGACUGCUUUUAACUCUGGCACAGUGGAUAUUGUCACCAGCAGUGGCCCUUUCACUGUUCUCAACUAUGUGGUCUACGUGUUCCAGUAUGAUUCUACUCGUGGCAAGUUCAAAGGCACAGUCAAGGCUGAGAACAGGAAGCUUUUCAUCAAUGGAAAGUCCAUCUCCAACUUCCAGGAGCCAGAUCCCGCCAACAGCAAAUGGGCUGAUGCUGGUGCUGAAUAUGUUGUGGAAUCCACUGGUGUCUUCACUACGUUGGAGAAAGCUGGGGCUCCCCUGAAGGGUGGAACCAAAAGGGUCAUCAUCUCUGCCCCUUCUGUGGAUGCCCCCAUAUUUGUGAUGGUUGUGACCCAUAGCAAGUAUGACAACUCUCUCAAGAUUGUCAGCAAUGCCUCUUGUACCACCAACUGCUAUGCCCCGCUGGCCAAGAUCAUCCAUGACAACUCUGGCAUGGUGGAGGGACUCAUGACCACAGUCCAUGCCAUCACUGCCACCCAGAAGGCCAUGGAUAGCACUUCUGGGAAGCUGUGGCAUGAUGACUGAGAGGCUGCCCACAACAUCACCCCUGCUUCUACUGAUGCUGCCAAGGCUGUGGGCAAGGUCAUCCUUGGGAUGAAUGGGGAGCUCAAUGUCAUGGCCUUUCAUGUUCCCACCCCCAAUGUGUGGGUUGUAGAUCUGACCUGCCACCUGGAGAAAGCUGCCAAAUAUGAUGACAUCAGGAAGGUAGUGAAGCAGGCAUCAGGAGAACCCCUCAAGUGCAUUCUGGGCUAUACUGAGGAUCAGGUUGUCUCCUGCAGCUUUAACAGUGACACCCACUCCUCCACCUUUGAUGCUGAGGACAGUAUUGCCCUCAGUGACCACUAUGUCAAGCUCAUUUCCUGGUAUGUCAGUGAAUUUGGCUACAGCAACACGGUAGACCUUAUGGUUCACAUGGCCUCCAAGGAGUAAGAGCCGCCUGGACCACCAGCCCUAGGGGAAAGGAAGAGAGGCCCUCAGAUGCUGGGGAGUCUUUGUCCCAAAUUGAUCCCCCAACACACCAGGAAUCUCCUGACCUCCACAGUUUCCAUCUCAGACCCCCUGAAGAAGCGGGGUGCUUAGGGAGCCCUACCUUGUCAUGCACCAUCAGUAAAGUUCACUGCACCCAGCC